ACGAGGAACAAGAAGUCUUUUUUUUUCCGCUUAUUUUUCAUAGUGACCGUUUGAGUUAAAGAACUGCGUCUUAUUAAUCAAAAUAUGUUCACCGUGUGCAUGCGUCGUCAAAAUGACACCUGUCUUAAACUUUUUCUCAUGGAUCUCGAUUGUACUUGUUCUUGAUGUGACCAGUGUUCAUGCAGCUGUUGUGUCCAUGUUGGUGUCUGUGACGGAGGGAGAAUCAGUCACUCUACACACUGGUGUUAUAAAACAACAGCAUGAAGACAUUAAAUGGUAUUUUAAUUACAUCCGCAUCGCUCAACUCAAUGGAGAUUUCAGUGAUAUGUGUACAGAUGUUCAGUGUAAUGAAGGCACUGAGAGAUUCAGAGACAGACUGAAGCUGGACCGUAAGACUGGAUCUCUGACCAUCAUAAACAUCAACACCGCAGACUCUGGAGAAUAUCAACUAGUGGUCAACGGCAAUAGUGGAAAGAUCUUUAAUGUUACAGUUCAUGAUGAUCCUGAUGCUCAUCGUUAUCAAAUAAAGGAAAACCAGGGAGAAUCUGUCACUCUUGAUCCUGGCAUGAGAAGAGAACGAAAUGUUGGGAUUAAGUAUUUUUUUUAUGACAUUUUCAUUGCUGAAAUCACUGUAAAUCAGAGUCAGAGCUGCGCUGAUGUUCAGUGUAAAGAGAGAUUCACAGACCGACUGAACCUGGACAAUGGAACUGCAUCUCUGACCGUCACGAAGACCAAAAUAACAGACUCUGGAAAUUAUACAUUAGAGAUUUUCAUCUGGAGUGACGAUCGCUUCAGCAUCAUCAGAGAGAAGAGAUUCAACCUUACUAUCACUUCUCCUCCACCUUCACAUCUGUCUGGAGGUGCAGUAGCAGGAAUAGUUGUGCUGGUUGUUGUCGUCGCUGCUGCUGCUGCUGCUGCUGCUGCUGCUGUUGGUGGUGUGAUUUACUAUCUUUGCUACAGAAAAAAGGAAGCACCAGCACAGAAUGAAGACGCUGCUGCAGAGAAUAUGCUAUGAGAGAAUCGUGAAGAGGUGAAUAACAGAUAAACAAGCUGAGCUUCAGCUUUCUGUGCUCAACAUCUUGUUAACGGGACAAUUCCUCAACACAGAAGCCUGUGGCCAGAAUUAAUACACAAUUUAUACACUCUGUCCAGGAUCCCAGAGACCUGCACCAAGAACGGUUACUCAUGCACCUUACAGAACUCAUCAUUGAAUUAUAAACUCUUAAAAUGGACAUUAUUUAAAUCUAAAGAUGCACAUGAAGCUUAUGCGCAAACCUGGAAUAUCCCAUAAAACCUUUGCAAACAAGCACAGUUUCCAUCCACAGAGUCAAAUUAGCCGCUUCUUGAUAAACUGACUGCAAAUAUCCCAAAACAAAAAGGAGUUUGCUGUUGCAGGAGAAGCCAGUGUGAGGCUUUUUUUCUAAAUAUAAAUAUGGAAAUAUCAAUAAUUAAUCAUAAUUAGUUAUCAUUAAUUAUAAUAUUUACAUAGGCUAUAUGCUUUUACGUGACGUCUUUGGGUCAAGUGUUUAUUUGUUCAAAAAAUAGGGAUUUCUGUGUCAUAUGAAAUAACCUGGUUAGAAUAUAAAACUACACAGCAUGUAGCAAGACCUGCAUGAUUAGGGACUCCAGUUAUGAGCAGAUACUCAACUUCAAGUGUGAUAUAAAUAAUGCUUUAUUAACUACACUAAAACACUUUAAUCUUACAUAAACACAAUCAGUUGGUAUAGAAAAAGGCAUUAAGGAGUACAGAAUAAAAGCAUGAAGUUAUAGCAGUAUUUAAUAUUCACCCUGAAGGAAACACCAGUUUAAUAAUGCAAACACCUUUGCUAAAAGGUUUAGAUGACGCUUAAUGUAUGUGUUACAGACACUGGAAUAUUUCAUAAUAUCCCAUUUCAGACAACAACAUGUUACAUAUCAGCGCAGUAAAAACACUGAUAUUCAAUAACUUAUAAUACUGUAAAAGGCCCUUUACCCGAAUAGCUUUCAAACUUUAACACAUAGCUCUUUAACUCUAUUUCUUUAACUAAACCCAAGAAGAAAGCUAAAAAUGGUCAUUUUGCUUUUGAGUUUGCUGUCACAAGUGACUGGAAUGUGCUAAAAAUGCCGCUGAAAUUCUAAUCCAAUAUCUCAAUCUGUGCACUAACAAAUUGCUAGCAAGUGUUUUAACUAUGCUUAUAUGUAUAUAGUAAUUUAGUUUUUUUCUUGUCUCUCAGGUAUUGUUAGAUAUUCUGCCAGGCCGUCCAAUAAAAUAAGAAUUGUUCUUAAUUAUUAGCCUGGUAGAGUGAAUGAUGAGUGUUUACAGACAGCUGUUUGGUUUGGUUAACAGAAAAGAUAUCCUUUAUUUUGAUAGAGACGCCAUGUUCUGUUUUUAAAGAGGUGUUUCCCUAGAUUUCUAUAUGCAAUACAUUACAAAAUGUUUAAAGAAUGCUUUAUAUUUCAGUAUAAUAUACUGAAAAGUUUUCCCAGACGCUUGCAGUGAUUUAGCAGACAAUAGAGGUACCAGAUAGUAAUUAUCAGAUAGUAUUAUAAACCCAUUUAGGUUUGCUUGCAUGUCAGUGAAGCUGCUCUAUGAAUCUCCUCGUUCAAUACAUUUCUGUUAAACUGAAUCCUCUGUGAAUCUAAAAACAAGUAUUAUGUGUGGCUGAGAGUUCCUUAGGAACUGAACUCUUAUUUGACUGUUAUUCAUUGUAUUCUUUCUUAAGCUGCCUUAAACUGCAUUGUAUAAAGUGCUGUAUGUUGUCAGUAUUGAGUAGAAAUGUAGUAAGAUAUAUAGACAGUUAAAUGUGGGGUUUUGGCUUGUCCAGUUUAUCUCAAUCUAAACUAUUCUGUGACAUUUUAAAACUUUACACCCUUAUUUUUAUACUAAAAUCUUCUUUACAGUAUACUUCGAAUAAUGUUUCAGUUUUUACCUUGUCUGUUAGUUUACUGAACUUGCUCUAAACAGGACUUUAAGCUUUGCUGUUGUCUCAGGAUUAUUUUGAUUAUUAUUACAUCUCAUUUUGAAAUUAAAGUGCAGUUUAAUAGAG